AUGGCUACUCCAAACAUCAGAGUUCAUAUCACGUGCGCUCCUCCAAAAACUAUCAAAUGGAAAGCGGUGGCAGACUUGCUAGCAGCAUUCCCAGGAGAAGGAACUACCGCACUGCAUGAAGACCUUCCUGGGGAAUUUCCAGAAAUUUCUUUUAUCAAAGAGGAGGCGUGGAUAUUAUAUUUCGAUGGCUCUGCUACUCUUAGUAAUAAUACUGGGGGAGCGAGUAUAGUUUUAGUGUCUCCAACAUGCGAAGUUUUCUCACAUUCCUUCAAGUUGGACUUUCAGUGCACCAACAAUUCGGCAGAAUACGAAGCUUUCCUUAUAGUAUUGUCACUAGCCAAACAAGCAGGAGCCACACACCUGGAAGUAAGAGGCGACUCUAAGUUGCUGGUCAAUCAGAUGAAUGGGGUCUACCCACUCAAGGAGGUAACGCUGGCCCCCUAUAGAUCUGAGGCGCAAAAGCUAUUGAAAUACUUUGCCGAUGCGACCAUAACCCAUAUUGGCCGCAAUAACAACAAACACGCCGAUUUCCUAGCCACAUUGGCCUCGAUGCUUCAAUUCGAAGGUUUAGAAGAGACUUUGAUCAUGAGGAGACAGACUGUAGCGUCAACAUGGCUCGCACAAUCUAAAGAUGCUGAAACUGACGACUGGAGGACUCAAAUUAUUCAAGAGCUAAACAGUUCACUCUCCCAAGGAAAGGUACGAGAGUUGCUCGAAGAAUAUGGAAUUAAACAGGUCUUAUCCACCAUAUACUACCCCCAAGGGAAUGGGCAAGCCGAAAGCACCAAUAAAACCUUAAUUCGUAUUCUCAGUCGAACAGUGCAUGAUCAUCCCAGGACAUGGCACGAACAACUACCAAUGGCAUUGUGGGCAUAUCCGACGACACCUAGGAGUUCUACCUGUGUUUCUCCUUACUCACUCUUCUACGGUGCAGACGCGAUUCUCCUAGCAGAGAUUAAAAUCCCAUCAACUAGAAUUGUCGCAGCAAGUGGGGUACACUGGAAUGAAGCCGAAGCAUUGAGCUCCAUAAUUGCCGAGUUGGACACCCUAGACUCCUGGAGAUAG